GGGUAGGGUAAAGUCCAAUGUUCAAAUUUCGAAUUCUGUUUUCAACUUAUUUUAUUUAAGAUUUUUAUUGUUUUGGAAUCAUUUGGAAUUAUAUUUUGAAAAGAAAAAUUAAUUUAAUUCUUCUUGUAGUGUCUGGUAGUGAGAAGGCAAAGAAACACUGAAGCACUGAAGCACUGAAGCACGCAGCACCUAUAGGCUAUAGAAGUAAGAUAGUCCAAAAAGUCUUGUUGAUGGAAUGCCCUGUAUGAGUAUUAUUAUAGGUACCUAUUUGUUUAAAACAAAAUGUCCCAAAGAAGCCGUGUUGUAACUUUGUACAAGAAUCUCUUACAUCUAGGCAAAGAAUGGCCCAAAGGCUACGAUUUUUUUCGAAGCAGGCUACAUAAUGCUUUUUUGAAAAAUAAAGAUGAGUCUAGUCCGGAAAACAUUGAAAAAAUGAUAAAACAUGGAGAAUUUGUAGCUAAGGAAAUUGAGACGCUUUAUAUGUUGAAGAAAUAUCGGACACUUAAAAGACGAUACUAUGAUGAACAAGUUGCUCGGAAAAAUUAAAAGAUUGUACAUAGUAUACCUACAUUUUAGAUUAUUAUAUUUCAUAUUGUUUUAGUUUUAUUAUGCAAAUAAAUUAUUCCUACUAGGUACUUAUAAUAGGUUCUAGAUUUAAAAAGAA